AACGAUGGUGUUGCUGUUUUCUACAUGCAUGAUUCACUAGUCACAUUGACUGGUCCGAACAACGUUAUUGGAAGAUCUCUUGUCAUCCAUGAUGGUGUAGAUGACUUAGGUCGUGGCGAUCAUCCCGACAGCAACAAAACUGGCAACGCAGGAGGACGCUUUGCCUGCGGUGUGAUCGGCACGGUGAGCAACCUUACGCAAGGAGAACACGGCUUUCAUGUUCAUGAAACAGGCAAUCUGUCUAUGAAUUGUACGGCUGCUGGGGGUCACUUCAAUCCUACCAACAUGACUCAUGGAGCCCCCAAUGCUAUAACGCGACAUGUUGGCGAUCUUGGGAACAUUGUGGCAGGAAUGAAUGGAGUGGCAACGAUCAUGAUUAUAGACAGACAAAUCUCAUUGAGAACAGGAUCACGUAACAGUAUCAUUGGAAGAGCUAUAGUCGUACAUGAUGGCAGGGACGACCUGGGCCUUGGUGGCAAUGCUACGAGCCUUAUCACAGGCAAUGCUGGAACCCGCUUUGGUUGUGGAAUCAUUAGACUUGUUAAUUAA